AUGCUUGGAUCAUUUACGUCAGCGGCCACAUUCCCCUGUCAGUCUAUCUUGUUUGCUCGAUUCAUUGAAGUGUUCAGCUUUACUGGGGAUGAAAUACAGCGAAAAGGGAGUUUCAUCACCCUGAUAUGUCUCGUUCUAGCCAUUGGCUCAUUUGUGAUCUAUUUCGUCAUAGGAUGGUCGUCAAACACCGUUUCUCAGAUCAUUGACCACAAAUACCGCAGGGAGAUUGUCUCCAAUAUUCUCAGACAAGACAUACAAUUCUUCGACCGUCCUGAGAAUACAACCGGUGCUUUAGCAAGUCGUGCAGACUCAUAUCCACGAUCUUUAUUUGAGCUUAUGGGGAUGACCAUCGGUUUGAUAAUCACGGGCUCGAUGGCUGUGAUUUCAUGCUCCAUUUUGGCUCUCGCUUAUGGAUGGAAGCACGGUCUGGUGAUUAUUUUGGCCGGGCUUCCACCUCUAAUGUUAUCAGGCUGGGCUCGUAUCAAGACAGAGGCUAAAAUCGAAGAUAUUAUUUCCAAACAUUUCGCGCAAAGCUAUUCUAUUGCGUCAGAAGCCGUCUCUGCCACCCAGACCAUGUCUUCAUUGGCCAUCGAACAGUCGGUCUUAGAAAGAUAUGCCACGGAGUUGGAUCAUGCAACUUGCGCUUCAAAACUCCCAGUUCUUCUCAUGAUGGCUCCUUUUGCAUUUACACAAACCGUGGAGUAUUCUUUCAUGGCUUUGGGCCUUUGGUACGGCUGCCGACUUGUUUCAUUUGGGGAACUUAGUAUGACUGACUUCCUCAUUGCUUUUCUUGGGGGCUUCUUCUCUGGCCAGCAAGCAUCCGUUAUUUUCGGGGUUUCAAGCAGCAUUACCAAGGGAAUAUCGGCUGCAAAUUACAUGUUAUGGCUGGAGUACCUGCAGCCGACCGUCAUUCUCAUACCCCUCAAAACCAUAAUCGCCUGUACUGCGGGGCAUCGAUCUGAAUGUGAGUCCACGAAGCCUCAAGGGCUGGUCACCAACCUGUUACUGAUGUUCAACGUGCAUAUCAAGCAAGGUCAAUUCGUGGCUUUUGUAGGCGCAUCCGGAUGUGGCAAGAGCACUAUGAUCGCUAUGCUGGAGCGCUUCUACGACCCCAUCAACGGUGAGAUCAAGAUCGGGUCCACGGAGCUCACUACGAUGAACCUCUGGAUAUAUCGCAGCUAUGUGGCCCUCGUUUAG